AUGGCGAACCGGGCGGCCCAGCUCGCGGGCGUGCUCCAAGCCUGCAUCAAGCGGAACCCAAAGCCCAGCCGCGCCCACGCCAAGGCUGCACACGCGCGCGUCCUCGCCGGCGGCCUCGCCGCCGACACCUUCCUCCUCAACCGCCUGGUCGAGCUCUACUCGCUCUCCGGCCUCCCGCGCGACGCCCUCCGCGCCUUCCGCACCCUGCCCCACCCCAACGCCUACUCCUACAAUGCGGCGCUCUCGGCGGCCAGCCGCGCGGGCGACCUCGACGCGGCCCGGACGCUGCUCGACGAAAUGCCCGAGCCGAACGUCGUCUCCUGGAACACCGUCAUCUCCGCGCUCGCGCGGUCCGAGCGCGCGGGCGAGGCGCUGGGCCUCUACGAAGGGAUGCUGCGGGAGGGCCUCGUCCCGACGCACUUCACGCUCGCCAGCGUGCUCAGCGCUUGCGGCUCCAUGGCCGCGCUCGAGGACGGGAGGCGCUGCCAUGGGCUCGUAGUCAAGGUCGGGCUUGAAGAGAAUCUGUUCGUGGAGAACGCGCUCCUUGGCAUGUACACCAAGUGCGGCAGCGUCGGGGAUGCUGUGCGGCUGUUCGACCGGAUGGCUCGCCCGAACGAGGUGUCGUUCACGGCGAUGAUGGGAGGGCUGGCACAGACUGGGUCCGUGGACGAUGCGCUCAGGUUGUUCGCCAGGAUGUGCAGGAGUGGGGUACGAGUUGAUCCCGUGGCCGUGUCAAGUGUUCUGGGCUCGUGCGCACAAGCUGGCGCCAGCGAGUUCAAUGUUCUUCGCGCGUUCCAGCUUGGGCAGUGCAUUCACGCCUUGAUCGUCAGAAAAGGCUAUGGGGCAGACCAGCAUGUGGGGAACUCCUUGAUCGAUAUGUACACCAAGUGCAUGCAAAUGGACGAGGCUGUCAAGGUGUUCGACUCAUUGCCCAGCGUCAGUAUUGUUUCUUGGAACAUCCUUAUAACUGGAUUUGGCCAGGCGGGCAGUUAUGAGAAGGCUUUGGAAGUAUUGAACAUGAUGGUAGAGUCGGGCUCUGAGCCCAAUGAGGUCACUUACAGUAACAUGCUCGCGUCCUGUAUUAAGGCGAGGGAUGUUCCAUCUGCUCGUGCAAUGUUUGACAAUAUAUCAAGGCCGACUUUGACUACGUGGAACACACUUUUGUCUGGUUACUGCCAGGAGGAACUGCAUCAAGAAACAAUCGAGUUGUUUAGGAAAAUGCAGCAUCAAAAUGUGCAGCCUGACCGAACAACUCUGGCCAUGAUCCUCAGUUCAUGCUCAAGAUUGGGGAAUUUGAACCUUGGAGCACAAGUUCAUUCUGCUUCAAUAAGACUCCUGUUGCAUAAUGACAUGUUCGUCGCUAGUGGUUUGGUCGAUAUGUAUGCAAAAUGUGGACAGAUUAGUAUUGCCAGGAGCAUUUUCAACAGGAUGACAGAGAGAGAUGUGGUGUGUUGGAAUUCCAUGAUCUCAGGUUUGGCUAUCCAUUCUUUCAACAAAGAGGCCUUUGAUUUCUUCAAGCAGAUGCGACAAAAUGGAAUGAUGCCCACAUCCUCCUCCUAUGCUACCAUGAUUAAUUCAUGUGCAAGACUUCCUUCCGUACCUCAAGGUAGGCAGAUACAUGCACAAGUUGCGAAAGAUGGUUAUGAUCAGAAUGUCUAUGUGGGUAGUGCCCUGAUUGAUAUGUAUGCUAAAUGUGGCAACAUGGACGAUGCACGUCUUUCCUUCGACAGCAUGGUGACUAAGAAUAUAGUUGCAUGGAAUGAGAUGAUACAUGGAUAUGCUCAGAAUGGUUUUGGAGAAAAGGCCGUUGAACUAUUUGAGUAUAUGUUAACUACAGAACAGCGGCCAGAUAGUGUCACUUUCAUUGCCGUCCUAACAGGAUGUAGUCACUCCGGGCUCGUAGAUGAAGCCAUUGCAUUCUUUAAUUCCAUGAAGAGUACUUACAGAAUUACACCACUGGCUGAGCAUUACACUUGUCUCAUAGAUGGAUUGGGGCGAGCGGGUCGGCUUGUUGAAGUGGAGGCACUAAUAGAACAGAUGCCAUACAAAGAUGAUCCUAUAGUGUGGGAAGUUCUACUUGCUGCAUGUGCUGUACAUCACAAUGCUGAAUUGGGGGAAUGUGCCGCGCAGCACCUGUUCCACCUUGAUCCAAAGAACCCAUCACCCUAUGUUCUCUUGUCAAACAUAUAUGCUUCCUUAGGCCGACAUGGGGAUGCAUCAGGCAUUAGGGCAUUGAUGAUUAGCCGUGGAGUUGUCAAAGGUCGUGGAUACAGCUGGAUAGAUCACAAGGAUGAUGUUCGUGCCUUUAUGGUUGCUGAUGAUCUUCAGAAGGACAGUGGAGAAUCUAAAAUGUUCAGCAAUCAAGAGAGUCUGAAUUCAGUAGUGCCACUUCUGUGCAAUUUGCUUGAGAGCCUCAAGCUUUACUGUUGUAUGUAG